AUAGGAGAUUUAUAAGUAAGAAACUAGAACUAGAAGGGAAGCGGCGUGGUCAUUUGUGUGUCCGAGCCCUGUUUUUAGCAGAGAGAAAAGAAACAGAGGAAUGGCGGAUUCUUUCGACGAAGAGUGCGAUUAUCUGUUCAAGGCGGUUCUGACCGGCGACUCCGGCGUCGGAAAAUCCAAUCUCCUCUCCCGAUUCGCAAAAUCAGAGUUCCGUUUGGACUCCAAGCCGACCAUCGGCGUCGAAUUCGCUUACCGGAAUAUCAAGGUCGCCGGUAAGCUCAUCAAGGCCCAAAUCUGGGACACCGCCGGCCAAGAAAGAUUUAGGGCAAUUACAAGUUCAUAUUAUCGAGGAGCACUAGGGGCAUUGCUCGUUUACGAUGUAACCCGAGUGGCGACAUUUGAGAACGUGAAGAAGUGGCUACGGGAAUUGAGAGAGUUCGGAAAUUCAGACAUGGUCAUAAUUCUCGUGGGAAACAAAUGCGAUUUGGGUCAUUCUCGCGAAGUGCAAGAAGAGGAAGGGCGGCUCUUAGCGGAGUCAGAAUCAUUAUUUUUUAUGGAAACUUCUGCUAUGAAAAAUGUGAAUGUGGAAGAAGUAUUCCUCCAAAUGGUUCGUAGGAUCCAUGAGAUUGCUUCCCAAAAAGCUUUGGAUUUACCUAAACAAAUUGAAAAGCUUGCUGCUUUUCCAAAUGGGAAAGAGAUUAUUAGCAUUCAUGAUGUAACUCCAACCAAACCUGAUUCUUAUUGUUGCUCUAUAUGAAAAUUUUGUAUUAAAUACAGUUUGAA